GGGCUGAGUCCCGUCAGCCCUCGCGCGCCGCCUCGCCCUCUCUUCCUCGCGCUGGCCCCCGGCCGGCCGCGGUCUGCGCUCGGCGUCAUGGCUGCCCUCAGACCCCUCGUGAAGCCCAAGAUCGUCAAAAAGAGGACCAAGAAGUUCAUUCGGCACCAGUCAGACCGAUAUGUCAAAAUUAAGCGUAACUGGCGGAAACCCAGAGGCAUUGACAAUAGGGUGCGCAGAAGAUUCAAGGGCCAGAUCUUGAUGCCCAACAUUGGUUAUGGGAGCAACAAGAAAACAAAGCACAUGCUGCCCAGCGGCUUCCGGAAGUUCCUAGUCCACAACGUCAAGGAGCUGGAAGUGCUGCUGAUGUGCAACAAAUCUUACUGUGCUGAGAUUGCUCACAACGUCUCCUCCAAGAACCACAAAGCCAUUGUGGAAAGAGCAGCCCAGCUGGCCAUCAGAGUCACCAAUCCCAAUGCCAGGCUGCGCAGCGAAGAAAAUGAAUAGACAGCUCGUGUGCACAUUGUAUUUGUGUUAAUAAAACCAUAAAACUGCCAUCUGGCAUUCCCCCCUU